CCCCCUAGCACUGUAGUCCCCAGUGAGCAGGACAUUGAUUUCUAUUGGUUAUGCAGCUGUUGAAGACAUCAUCAUAGGUAUUUAGCAGUGUUAAAAAUGUUUUGGGAAAAGGAAGGAGAGAAGCAAAUUGAGAUGUUUAAACUUAUGAAAAAUUAUUUUAUCUUUCUGGCAAAGAAGAAAGUGUCAAAUAGCUGUUCUUUUCUGGAUGAUGCAUGAGGCCCUGUCUCUAACUUGUCAUUUUGUUCUUUUGGGAAACAGGCUAGGGUGUCCAGGUGAUCCUUAAUUUGCAGGCCAAUGAUGAACCCAAAAUGUGUGGCCCUUCAGCACUGCAGUCCUAAUUCUCAGCUGGAGUAAAUGUGCAUGUCCUAUAUUGGCUUAUGCAAUGUUUAUUCUGAAAGGUCAGGUUACUAUUCUUUCAUCCCUCAAAUAAGAGUAUAUGUUGGAGGUAUAAUAAUUGUAUCAUUUCAGUGGGAGAAGACAACGUGAAUUUUAAUCCGAAAAAUGCAGGCUUUAAUGCCCAAACCUCAAAUUUAUGUUGAAAGAACCUUGGCAAUCAUCAAGCCAGAUAUUAUCAACAAAGAAGUAGAAAUAGAAGAUAUAAUUCUCAGAUCAGGAUUUACUAUUGCUCAGAAAAGAAAGCUUCAGCUAAGUCCAGAGCAAUGUAGCAACUUCUAUGUAGAACAAUAUGGGAAAAUGUUCUUUCCUAACCUGACAGCUUAUAUGAGUUCUGGACCUUUAAUUGUAAUGGUUCUUGCUCGUCAUAAAGCAAUCUCAUACUGGAAGGAACUUCUUGGACCCUCAAGCAGUAUAGUAGCUAAGGAAACAUAUCCUGACAGUUUAAGAGCAAUCUAUGGGACAGAUGAUCUGAGAAAUGGACUUCAUGGUAGUGCCAGCUUUUCCUCAGCUGAAAGAGAAAUCCGGUUCAUGUUUCCUGAAGUAUUGAUUGAACCAAUCCCAGCUGGUCAAGCUGCUAAGGAUUACCUUAACAUAUACGUCACACCUACUCUACUGAAAGGACUUACAGCACUGUGUAAGAUGAAACCAGCAGAUCCUUUUGUAUGUAUCACAAGAAAUACCAGUAUCAAGAGGCAGAAUGAAAGUGCUAGUAUGAGUUACCAGCUGGUAGCCUUCAAUUGCUAAUGAAGAAAUGUCCCUAGUUGUAUGACAGGUAGAAAUCCAAAGGAAAAAUUGAUGGUUGAUAAGAGCAAUAGUUGUUUAUAUGCACAUUUAGUUUGGUCCCUUCAAGCUAGAAUACCCAUAAUUGGUGAUCCUUUGUAUUUCAGGAGCAGUCUAGACUGACUGCCUCCUUCUCCAUCACCUAGUAAGACAAACAGGUACAUUUGCAAAAGCAAGGUAAAGGUAAGAAUCAUUAAAAGAAAGGUAUGGGAAUUCUAAGGAGUUUCUACUUUCCUCACUGCUUUAUAAAAGGGAAAUAUUAAAAGAAAUUUGGUCAAUAGAAACAUAGAGUUUGAAUGCCUCCUGUUAGCAAACAG